GAUCGCGAACGUGAUCACUGCGCCUGCGCAGCCCGCUUCGACCUCUCUUUGGCGGCGAGUACGAAGCGUGAGGAAGGAGAGAAGGCAGGGCCUGGAAGGCGAAGAGCAUGCUUCUCCUCAGCCAUUGUGGGGUAGGCCUGCUAGGCUUGUGAAAGCCGGGCGUGCCUUCGUCUGAGGAGUUGGUCCGCACAGAGGCCUGCCUCCUUCCCAAGAGAGCCUCGCUGUAUUGAAUAGGCGCUUCCUUAGCGUAAGCAUGUCAGAUCAAGAAGAGUUGAUGAAGUCAUUGAAGAAGGAAGUGAGGUCACUGCUGACACCAGCAAAGGAAGGCCUCACCCCAUCCUGUUUAGAACAAGAAUAUAGAUAUCUGGUUGGGAAACAGCUUCCUUUUCGUUCCCUUGGCUACCACUCUGUUAUGGAACUGGUGAAGGAUAUGCCUGAUGUUGUGAAAAUAUGCCCUAUGGCGAAUGGCAGUGUCCUCCUCAAAGUUAUUGCAGAUGAGUGCACCAAGCAGAUUGCAAACUUGGUUUCAAGACAGAAAAGUAAACCGAAGCCACCUUUUUACAGGCAAAGGCUGAAUUCCAUGUGUCGCACUGGACUACUUUGGCACCCUCAAGGUUCUCUAAGUUUGCCUCGGAGGGGGCGGCUUCCUCCCACUCUGCCAGCUAUUGUAAAAAGUGAACUGAAGGAACUGCUGAAGCUUUCCCCUGUCCUAUUAUCAAACUUUGACAAAACUUUUUUUCUGUACUUUGGACGGAAAUUUGAGUUUAGUCGUUAUGGGUUCUACUCUAUGUCUGAGGUGUUGAAUGCAGCUUCAGAUAUCAUCACAGUUGUUCAAACAAAGACAGGCUCUCUAUUGACUCUAAAAGACAGUCCACCCAAGAAACAGACAAACAACUUGCCAAAGGCAGUAAUCCAACCAAAUGAGAUGAAGCAGACGUUGCAUACUGCUGUACUUUCACCUGUUGUGAAUACUGGCCUAUCUACAAAAGACCAAACUAAGGAUCCAAAGGAGAAAUGUGAUACUUCUCUACCGCAGUUGAAAAUGGAGCCCCUGCUGCUGAAAUCUAAAGAGAGAUUUGAACAAUUUUCUGUAGAUUCUCCACCACCACUACCACCACCAAAGCUACAAAAGGAGAUGAAAGUAGUACUUGCCAAUAAAGGACCUGGAGGAAUAGUCAGCUCAGAACUCAAGGAAAAAAUAAAAAACAUUGUAGCACAACACCCAGAAGGCUUGCUUGUUUCCAAGUUACCUCAGGAAUUUGAGGCACAUUUUAAAGAAGCAUUGCCAAUAAGAAAGCUGGGUUUUUUAAACCUGAUGGAGCUCAUUGGUGCUCUUAAUGAUGUUCUCCAUAUUGAAUGCAAAGAAGGGAAACAAGACUGUCUCAUCUUUGGCAUUGAUUCACAGUGGUUAAUAAAUGAUGAAAAAGAAAAUUCCAAGACUGUUCAGUCUGGUUUAUUAGGUAAUGAGGACACUUCUGAUGGACACAGGCUGCCUUGUUGGGAUUUUCCUUCUGAGGAUACUAAAAAUCCAGUGACUAAAUUCAAUAUCAUUACAAAGAUGGCGACACCGUACUUGGAUAUGGAGAUUCCUGGCAUUAUGCAGGAGAUUGUGGAAAAUGAAAUUCCACCUGAUGCUGCCCAAGACAGAAGCCUCUUUAGUCUUCCUGAGCUUGACAAGGGUACUUUGAUGGGAGUAUUUGUGGAAUAUAUUGUGUCACCUUCACAAUUCUAUGUUCGUAUCUACAGUGCAGAAACAUCUGAUAAACUACAAGACAUGAUGAUUGAGAUGAGAAGAUGUUAUUCUUCUAAAAAUGUAACUGAUCGUUACAUCAUAUCUGAAGCUUUGAUCCAGCCUGGCCAGCUUUGUUGUGUAAGGAAUUUGAAAGGCAAAUGGUGGUACCGAGGUAUCAUUCAUCAAAUCAUUGAUGACCAGAAAGUGGAAGUAUUUUAUCCAGACUUUGGAAAUAUGGAUAUAGUCCAGAAAUCUUCCCUAAGAUUUCUCAAAGACAGCUAUGCAAAGCUUCCUGCUCAAGCUAUCCCUUGUUCCUUAGCCUGGGUGAAACCCACUAAGGAUGACUGGACCCCUAGUGCCUUACUUGCAUUCCAAAGAUUGUGUGAACUGAAGCUACUGGUGGGUGUGGUGGAUGAAUAUAUAAAUGGAGUCCUGCAUCUUUUUCUUUGUGACACCAGCUCUGAUGAAGAUAUCUACUUGCACAACAUACUGAAAUUAGAAGGCCAUGCCUUCAUCUACAGUGAGAACAUUCCUUCCAAGGGCUUCAAAACAAUGAAUUUUUCAGCUCUGUAUUUGAAACCCAGUCCAAAGCAGGAGGCUGAUUUGACAGAGAAAGUAGAUUCCUUGCUUCAGCAGGAAUCUCUUGGGGGCCUCCCAGACACAACUGAUUUGGAGUUCUGCAAGAGUGAAGACGUUUUCCAGGAUAUAGCCAGUCCAUGCCUAAACUCUGAAAUGCCAUACCUGGAACCUGUAAAUUUAUGCAAGGAAGUUUGGGAUGAGCGUUCGAUGCCUUUUGAUUACUAUGAAGAAAAGAAAAAUUGUGAUACUGAUGAUAAUUUGUGCUCAGAUAUUGCAGUAUUACCCUGUCCGAUACCAAACUGUGGAGAAAACAAGAAUGAGAUUCUGCAGAGCCAAGAUUUCAGGCCUGAGGAUACAGCAAGCCCAUGCCUAGACUCUGAAAAUUCAUACUUGGAACCAGUAUGCAAGGAAAUUUGGGAUAACACUUUGAUAACUUCUGAUUACUAUGAAGAAAAGAAAAAUGGCGAUAUUGAUGAUAAUUUGUGCUCAGAUAUUGAAAUAUUUUCCUGUCAAAUGCCAAACAAUGAAGAAAGCAAGAAUGAGACUCACCCUAGUCAAUAUCUGAUGUCUGAGGGAAAAGAUAUUCCCAGUGAUGCUGUUGAGAGAAAAGAAUUGCCUGAUUUGAAACCUCUGAACCAAAUCCUGGACUCAUCUGAAGAAACUGAGAUAACAAACCCUGUUGAAGCUACAUAUAAUUCUUCAUUGCAAAAACUGAAAAAAAUUGACAUUUCAAUUGCCCAUUCUGAGAAAUCAGAUCCAGACCAAUUUAAUGUGAAUGUGAACAAUUGCACUUUUCAAUCUCUUGCAUCAACAUCUGCUUUAGAUGGUACAUAUGGACUUAUGACAAAACUGGGAGAAGCUUCUUCAGAGAAGAAGAUAGACAAAACUUCCAGGACCCAAGUAGUUUCUUUACGUAAGCCGGGAAGCUACUGUGGUCCCAAUGCCUUAACAUUCACUGCAGAGCUUCAGGGCUCUUCGGCAUUCUGUGUCCCUUGCAGCCCUGCGGUAGCCCUGGGAGCCUCUGCCCGCUUAGCCGCAUCUGGUGGCUAUUUCUCCCUUAGCCUGAGGAACAUGAAGACAUCAGGGCAAAUGGCCUUAGGAAAGCUUCAUUGUUCAGCUGCUUCAUUGGACACAACAGUAAAAAAACGUUUUUGAGGCUGCAGCAAUUGUGUCAUAAUAGUUCAGAGUCUAGUUUCAGUUUAGUCUAACUGCUUCAAUUUUAAUUCAUUUUUUCUCAUGUUUCGUUUCUAUUGUUGUAUAGUUUGGUUGACUGUUCUUAAUAUAAUGGUUUCAAAAAAAUGGUGAGUUGUCUCCUUUUUGUGGAGAGUUAACGUGCACCAAAUGAUAAUGUGUUUGAUAAUGUGUCACAGUAUGUGCUUACACGUAUCCUGGAUGAAUCGAUAUAUGUAAAAGUCAACGUAUGUAUAUAUGUAUGUAUGCUUUUUUGUUUGUUUCUACCAUAAAGUCUCCUAUGUUAUUGAA